GAUUACCACUCGCCAUAGCUGAAUUCUUUGGAUGUCAUAUGGCAAUAUUUCGAAUACUUAUACGAGCACAGAUACCGGAUGCGAUGAUGAGAACGCCGUAUUUCAGUAGUAUAUUCCAAGCGAGUGCUUUUUGGGUUGGGGUCACUUGGUUAACAAAAGUGUUAAUGCCUGUAUUGUCUGAUCCUGGUUUUAUCCCAAAACUCAAAUCUCACGAAGAACAAAAACAGUCAUCGAUCUUGCCAAUCGAGAAAUGCUGGAUACAAGACAUUUGUGUACCACGUGUUUGCAAUAUGCAGCUUUAUAUAUCUCAGUUAUCAAUGUUAGUUUACAAUAAUGAAACAGAUCUUUUAAUCGAAUCACCAUCCUAUGAACCAAUUCCGCAGCAACCGUGUGUACUGACCACAACAUUAUGUGGGUUCUUUCAAUACGACACCUGGACUGCAUCGCUCACAAUAUGGGCUUCAAUACAGCUUUCCUGGAGUUUCGGAUUAUUAAUUAUGCAAAGUAUUCAAAUUGCAUCCGCAAAAACGACGAAUGAGAUGGCGAAUUUUCAUCGUUAUUCGUAUUUUGGGCAACGUACAGGAUCGAACGUUCGCGAACAGAUUAUGGCUACUUUAGCCGCUGGGCCUGGAGCUAGCGAUGCUGCACAAGUAGGUGACCGAGACGGCAAUGAUGUGACUGGUCGAGGAAGUGAAGAAGGUGGAUUUGGCGAUCACGCACGUGUUUUGGAUGAUGAAUAUGAAAGAACCAAUAAUGGUAAUCUUCAUAGUCAUCAUAAUCACGGUAUCCUGAAAUUUUUCGUUUCGAAACGAUCGCGUGGUGGUGGCUUAAAUCGUGCGCAAGGUCAUCCCUAUAAUUCGAGCAAUCCGUUCGAUUUUGGAUGUUGGAACAAUUGUGUUGAUUUUUGGACGGAAGGGCGUGGUGGGAUGUUGCAUAAUGUUGAUUGGUUGGGAUUAUUUGAUGUUCCACUUGUUGAGAGAAACAAUAACGUCAUGAUGAGGCGAAGUGGUGGAUAUGUGGCAGUGCGUGGAGAUGAACAUGUAUAA